AUGAUUGUGUCCGUUAUCAACCAGCUGCUGGUGGCUUACACCAUCCAGAGCGCAAUGGGCUGGGUGAGCGGCGGGGCGAAAGCCUCCUCUGCAGGUCAGUCAUUCGCGGUCCAGUCAUACCGGCCACAGGGUUUUGACGUGGGCGGUUUUACCGGGCACGGCGGCAAGUACGAGCCAGCCGGUAUCGUUCACCGCGGGGAAUUCGUCUUCACCAAAGAAUCAACCAGCCGCAUCGGCGUGGCUAAUCUCUAUCGCCUGAUGCGCGGGUAUGCCUCGGGUGGUCUGGUCGGCGGCGGGAACGCAGCCGGUGCUGGCAUGGGCGGGAUUAGUGUUUAUGCCCCAGUCAGCAUCAGCCAGCAGGGGAGUGACGGAAGCAUAAAUCAGGCGAACGCCACGGGGACGGCGAAACAGCUGCAGGCGAUUGUUCAGCAGACAAUCACCGAGCGACUGAAAAAAGAAAUGUCCGCGGGCGGCGUGCUUUAUUCGAGGAGGACACAGUGA